AUGAGAAGCUUAAUCUUUGAAGAGCCUGAAGCCGGGAUUCCAGGAUAUGCUUCAAGCAGUCUAAGAUAUGCCUGGCAAUCCAUAAGAGCCCCGGUGAUAAUACCACUCCUAAAACUAGCAGUCAUACUAUGCUCAAUUAUGUCAGUCAUGCUAUUUCUUGAGAGAGUAGGCAUGGCGGCCAUAAUUUUGAUUGUCAAGGUGUUGAGGAUAAAAAAAUACACCAAGUACAAGUUGGAUGCCAUGAAACAGGCCAUAGAGAGAAACAAAAGAUACCCCAUGGUGUUGAUCCAAAUACCUAUGUAUAAUGAGAAAGAGGUCUACAAGCUUUCAAUUGGAGCAGUCUGUGGGUUUUCUUGGCCAACUGACAGACUCAUAGUUCAAGUUCUUGAUGACUCAACAAAUCAUGUCUUAAGGGAAUUGGUUGAAUUCGAGUGUCAAAAAUGGAUGCAGAAAGGUGUGAAUGUCAAGUAUGUGACAAGGAAAAAUCGCAAUGGUUACAAGGCAGGUGCCCUAAAAGAGGGUUUAGAGAAAGAAUAUGUUGAGAAUUUUCAGGCAAGAUGGAAAUUUGUUAACUCAGAGGAAUGUAUUAUGACACGACUUCAAGAAAUGUCACUCGAUUAUCAUUUUAGUGUUGAACAGGAAGUAGGCUCCUCAACAUACUCAUUCUUUGGAUUUAAUGGGACAGAAGGAAUUUGGCGGAUUCAAGCAAUAAAAGAUGCUGGAGGAUGGAAAGAUCGAACCACCGUGAAAGAUAUGGACCUUGCAGUUAGGGCAAGCCUGAAGGGUUGGGAAUUUGUUUUUGUGGGUGAUGUAACAGUCAAAAAUGAACUACCAAGCACAUUUAAAGCAUACAGAUUUCAGCGGCACAGGUGGUCUUGUGGUCCAGCUAAUCUCCUUAAGAAAAUGACAAAGGAAAUUCUCUGUUGCCAAAUAUGUAAGAUUUAA